AUGCUAGCCACCUGCUGCGCACAUAGGAGCCGUGCAGUAUGCAGUGCCGGCGUCAAUGCACGCUGCCGAUCCAGCACCGACGCUCUUGCAUUCCGCGACCAAGGUGGCCGGAAUGUGGCCUUUCCUUUUUCGCUCGCCCCCCUCUCUGCCCCUUCCCUUCUCGGUCGUGGCUCUCCCCGUCGCGAACAGAUCCACGCCAGCUCAUCACGUCUGUCAAUGCGUCUGCCUUCUUGUCUGCAUGUCGCAACCAAGACUGUUGCAUCGUCAGGUGGCCCAGAGGAGAGGCUGGCGGGGGUCGAGGCAGCAAAGUUGGCAAAAGCUGAGCAAUCGCGGACGCGUGCGUGCGUUCAGGGUCCAGAUGUCUCAUUUGACGCCAGCGAGACCGGCUGCACACUGCUGCUGCCGCUGCGCGCCUCGGUCUUCGCGCUCGGCCUCACCAUGCACCUCUCGCCGAGCGAUCCGAGCCGCCGCAACGGCACCCGUGAUGGCCAGCCGUCGUGCUCCUUCCCCUUUGGCUCUCUCUCGCCUCUCGCACUCCGCCAUUCGACGGCAUCCGAAGCACUUCCAUCCUCCAUAUCACCCUAUCCAGCUCCUGAUUCCUCGAUUUCUCUGACACAACAAGCGGAUCUCACCAUGGAGAAGAGCAAACGCGAAGAUGUGGAUGCGCUGUCGUCGCCGAGCAAUCCGGCGCACUACUUUGCCUAUGCCGCCUCUGCGUUUCUGAUCGCGCUGUCUUUGCCGCUCCUUCUGUUCCCACGCAUGCUGCUGCUGCUUUCGACGCCACGCGGCGCUGUGGGACAGGCCGCUUCCGACGCCGACCGCAGUGCCGUGAGCGCGAUCGGUCCGCAGCUGACGCCGCUCGAGCGAUACGCAUCGCACACCAACGCGCUCGGCAUGCUCGCCAUCGCCGCCCUCAUCCUCGUCCUCUCCGGCGCCAUCCCCGUCACGACCUCGCCCGUACCCGACGCAUCCUCGUCCGGUAAAUCACCCUUCCGAAUCCCCACCGUCGUGAUCAGCACCGUGUACUUUGGCGUCAACGCCUACUCGGCCUGGAGCUUUUCGAGCCCCAACAAGCGCACCGGCAGCAUGGAUCCGGCGGCGCUGGGCAUUGGGACCCUCGGAAAGGUGUUGGGAGCAGCACACGCCGGCUUUGCUUUCUGGGGCCUCGCCGUGUUCAUGUUCGGAAACGACCUCACGCGCAACAGCAAAAAGGCCGGAGAUGCAAGUGCAAAGGAUAAGUCGGUCAGCAACUUUCCCUUCAAAAACCAGUACGCCGCAGAGGAAAAGGCGAAAAAGUCGAGCUGA